AUGGGCUACAACGCUUUGCUAGCUGGUCCGACUCUCCCAAAGAACGCUGUCCAGCCCAUCAAGCUCGACCUGAACCUGGGCGGAGGUCAAUGCGAUCUGAAAGGAUUGAACACCGCCUUCCAGGCCAUCAAAGAUUCCGUCGACAAGAAUACCACAACAUUGAACAAGGCAAUCUCCGACAAGGCCGAAAUCUCCGGUCUUCGCGAGCAGAUCCUCGUCCUCUUUCCCAUGCUCAAUCUCGGCAACGCUCUCGGGCAGGACCGUGAUCAUCAGCUCAUCGCGAAGCUGUACCUCGUCCUAAUCGGCAGCACAACAAAAGUUCAUGCCCAGGCCCUUUGCGACGAGGAACAGCUGAGAAAUGCAGUCGCUGCGGCGAAGAAGAAACUCAUCAUUCGAGGACCAGAUGCGGUAUCAACCCAUGACGCUCUGAUGGGCCUUCUGGCUAUGACUGCAGCGAUGCUAGAGCAGCAUGAAACGAGGAAUUUCGACGUCUGUGACGCUUCUGAGGUGACGUAUGAGGAGGGCGGCAGCGCCUAUCAUUGUUGGAAAAGGGACGAAGCUGGAAAUGUUGGUCCGUAG